AUGAAAGAUCUAAAGGCUUUCCCAUUGGAAAACUAUAUUUAUUUUGGAUUCUCACUCUUCAACCCAAGAUCUAAACUCAUAAACUGGUCUCAAGUCAAGGGAAUCAUUAUCUUGAUCUCCCUCGUCUGUAUAUCGUUUAUUGCAAUUUUAUAUUUUGGAUCUAACGUAUACUUUGCUAUCAAACAACUUUCAGAUUGUAAUACGGAGCUUUCUUCUGCUUCAAAAGCAUUUCAGACGCAGUUAUUCUACUCUCUCGUAGUUCAAACAAUUAUUUCUAUCUUCCUUAUCCAUUUACCAUCUACCAUUUUAGUUAUCAAUUCGUUUUUGGGCACCGCUUAUGAAACAUAUGGGAAUUUGAUGACAAUAACAAUUUCAUUAUUUCCGGCAAUAGAUCCGUUGGCAACUUUUGUUAUCAUUAAACCAUAUCGGGAAGCAGUGAUAGGAAAAUUUAAAAGAUAA